AAAGCAAAAGCCUGCCAUACGGAUAGCAUCGCGAUGAAAGGAAGUUUAUACUGGUCUCUGCUUACUUUGGCUACACUUUUUGGUGCAAGUGGUGGCCAUUAUUACGAAACUGAAGAUGGAAGUCCAGUGUUUGUUGGAGAUCAUUAUGGGUCGGUACAUUGGUUUGAUGCUGCCUGUGUAUGUGCUCAACGGGAAAUGGUUCUAAUCACAAUUGAUAGCGAGAAAAAGGAAAACCAGAUAAAGCGUUUGCUGACCAAAAUCGGUACAUCUGAGACGAUUUGGACUGGUGGCAACAAUUUAGCAAAUGCGAAACAUUUCAAAUGGCUAUCAACAGGAAAUCUAAUUGAGUAUUCGAAUUGGUCAUUUAAGAGUCCCACAUAUUACGAUGAUAACUGCAUUAGCAUAGAUUCGGCAGAUAAUUGGAAACACUCUCUUUGCGAUAACAAGUAUUGGUUUAUGUGCGAACAAAGAAAUGCAGAGCAAAACGAAGACCUAUUAUUCUAUGUCCAUCAACAAAUGAAAAACGAAUGCAAAUUGAAUCGAAAAGACGAUCUACAACUUCGACUUAAGAGAGUAUUGCUGUUCUAUUCCAAUAUGAUAAACAUUAAUAAGACCCUCCAGGGCAAUGUGGACCAAGUAAAAGCUCUGCAAAUAGAAAACGAAAAACUUAAACUGCAAUUGAAUCAAACGCUUAUAGACGUUAGGAAUACAACAGAACAGCUGGCCGAAACACAAGGACGUUUGAAAACAAAUUUGAAUUCGGCAGAAGUACAACAUUUGACCAAUGAAAAACCAAAUUCGGCAUUGGAGAUGGAAGAGUUGGUUCAAGAAGUGAAAGCAUUGCGAAAGGAAAUGAACAAUUUUAAAGAAUUUCAGAAUGGUGCUGAAUAUCAAUUAACACUAUUCGAUAGCCUUAACCUUCGGGAUUGGUUCAAUUCCACUUCCAGUUUGGCUCAUUUAAAGUCUAAAAACGAUCACAUUGAAGAUCUCAGGAAAUCCAUCAAUCACUUGGAAAAUCGUUUGGCUAAAUGUGAAAGCCCAGAGUAUCGUAAUGCAACAAAUUAAUCAAUAGUUUCAGAAUCUCUAACAAUUUGUAGUUUGUUGAAAAAAUUUUUAAUAAACGUAUGUACCAUAUAAA